AUGUCGCCUUCACCACCUUCAUCCCCAGAAACGCCUGCGCCUGCAAGCGACGAUUCAGUUGAACUGGUCUCCUCUCCUGAAGAGGAACACCAGGGACAACAGGUUCAGCAGCAGGAACAGCCACAAGUACGAGAACCAGAACCAGAAAUAGAAUCAAAGGCAGAACAGGAACAACAGCAGCAGCAGCAGAACUCGGAUAAUGAACAAGAAAAGGAACAGGAAGAGGCAUCGCCAGCACCACCGCCACCGGUAGUGCCCAUCAUUCACGAACCAAUAACGCUUACUGACUCACCUGUACAACCACCACCACAACAACCGCAGCCCAGGCCAGAGCCUGCAGCUGUUCAACUAAGCCCCGUGACCGAAUUCUAUCGCGGAAAAACAAUCCUUUUAACAGGUGCUACCGGAUUCGUCGGCAAGGCUGUGUUAUGGAAACUAGUUCAGUCGCUUGGACCCAGCCUCGGCAAAAUAUAUCUACUCAUACGAAAUGGAAGUAAUAAGCGGAGUAAGAUUGGAAGACCAGCCGAUCGCAUCAAGAGCGAGAUAUUGAGCAACAAGGCAUUCUUGGCAUUGCGGACCUCAAUGGGUGAAGCAACAUUCGACAGUAUUAUGCAAGAGAAAAUUGUACCUAUCGCUGGAGAUAUCAUUUCACCCGAUCUGUCAUUAUCAGAUCAAGAUCGCGAAACCGUUGUCAAGGAAGUGCAGGUCGUAAUCCAUUGUGCUGCUACUUUGGAUUAUCAUGAACGAUUGGAUUUGGCUUUGGAAACAAAUACGCUGGGCACUUUGCGGUUGAUGGAUUUGGCAGAUGAAUGCGAGAACAUGUUAUCGUUUGUGCACAUGUCUGUAAGUUACUUUAACGCAAACUUGCCGGAUGGUUAUGUUCAGGAACGGGUAUAUCCAAUGGAAAUCGGCGACCCUGAGGACCUUUUAAAAGAAAUUGUGGGGCUGGAACUCCAAGACAUCCCAAAAAUGACACAGCGCGUCAUGGCUUCGUAUCCAAACACAUACACAUUUACAAAGUUCCUGACCGAACAUUUAAUCUUGAAGCGUGUUGAUUAUAACCGUGUGGAGGAGGCUCAGGGUGGCAAAAAACAAUGGCCGGUGUCAAUUGUUCGAGCUACUCAAGUAGGCGCUGGCGCAUUUGAGCCGCUUCCUGGAUGGGUUGAUGGUGUCACAGGAACGAACGGAGCAGUCUUCUUGCUGGGUCAUGGAAUACAAGUACUUCAAACUGAUAUUGGACAUAUGCCUGCGGAUAUUAUACCCGUUGAUUAUCUUGCUCGUAUUAUUAUCAGUAGUGCUGCUGUGGCCAAGGCACCGGGGACGCGGUUCCUUUUGCCAUAUAAUGAAAUAAUCACGGAGGAAGACGAAAUUGCCAGUCCAUUACCACAGCCAAUUGUUGCUUGCUUCCCGAUCGUAUACCAAGUCUCUGGCAGCAGCUUAAAGAUGGCCACGUGGCGCGAGGUCUAUGAAGCCGUCCGCCACUAUUGGGUCAGAAACACGAAAAUUGCGCUACCCACCGGACAGGAAUACUUUGUAAACAAUAGAGCGCUGCUCAAGGCCCGAUUAUUCAUGAAGAACCAGUUUUCCAACUCACUAUCAUCUGUAACGACGACCAUCAGCGGCAACGCUCAAAACAACAACAAUGUCAGCCCGUACGGAACACGCAACAUGUCUCGACCUACGAACCGAACAAUCGAACUUGCAUCACGUAUCGUAGAAGCCAACCAGCCCUUCUUACGGCACCGAUGGGUUUUCGAUCACCAGAACGUACGGAUGCUUGCCCAUGAUCUCGAGAGCGAUCCAGUGUUCCGGCUGUCACCCUACAAGCACAUUGAUUGGGCUUCGUACAUGGUGAACUAUAGUUACGGUACACAUCUUUACAUUGCACAAUGUCCGCUGGGGCUACGCAAUAUUGUGGUUCCUCCCGGUUGCGACUGUGCGCUGUACUCUAAGAACCAGGUGAUCCGGGACUCGAUCAUUGAAAAGCAAAUUGAAUCGGUCGUGUUUAGCAUCUCAGAUAUCCAGAAGCGCACAGAACGCAUGCUCACACAACUUAUCGAGACGUUGGAAAAACCAAACUCGUACAAUCCUCGCGAUAAAAAGAAGAAUGAAGAAUGGAUUAAUGAUUUCGACGCUAGUUUGGAUGAUUGGUGCCACGAUGAUACACAGAUUCUGAGGGAUGCAAACGCGGAAGCUCUACUCGGUCGUUGGUCAAAGGUGUUGGGAGAAAAUGAUGAGGCCAUCAAGGUGGUUGUGCUUAAUGAUAAGCGAGUCCGAGAUAGUGUGGAGCAGAUUAUCAGCUCUUCUGGAGUUCCUCAGGGAACGGUCGUGGGUGAAGCAAUGAAGCUCCUGCAACGCAUGCGCGAACGCACACAAUUGCCAUAUGUGUGGUUCGCUGGCGCUUUCCUGGAUUGUUUAUUUAAGCGAUUAUUUACAAGCAUCCGGAUACAGGAAAGCGAUCUAAAUAAGCUAAAAGAUCAAAUUCGUGGAAAAAAUGUCGUAUACGUUCCGGUUUCUAGAACGAUCCUAGACCAGCUUUUAGUCUGGUACGUUUGUUUGCGGUACCAUUUGCCGAUGCCAGCCAUUAUCUGUGACGAAGCCUUGGCAUUACUUGGUCCAAUUUCAGACAUAUUCCGAAUUGCUGGAGCGUACUUUGUACGACGCGAUCAGACCACACGAUCUCCUCUUAGUACCGCCGUUACAGCAGCCUAUACCGAAGCCAUGUUGCACGACCACGGAGCGCUAUCCAUGCUGAUUGAAAAGACGCGUUCUCGGACUGGAAGAUUGCACAAUGCAUAUUCGGAUGGAUUGAUAGAUAUGGUGUUGGACGCAAGCCUUGAAAAACAUCAGCCGUCUGCCCCAUCAACACCAACAUCUAAAACCCGCAAUAGUCUGUCUCAAAAAGUUCGAAAAGACACAGUUUUUGUGCCACUCAACAUCACCUAUGAGAAAAUUCCAGAAUUACACAUGCUCAUAGACCAAGUCCUUGAUCAAAAGCACCAUUCACAACCUUCGGAAUCUGGACCACAGCGUACCAUGUCGACGCUUGCUCGAUCAUCAUCCUUUUUGCGACCAAGUGCUUCUAUGGCAGGACGAACAGCAAAUAAAGACAACGGUGUCAACGAUAAGGGCAAAUAUGGCCGAGUAUACAUUGGUAUUAGUAACGUCAUUGACGUCAGGAAGAUGGCGGAGGAAAGGUGUGUAUCCCAUCUCUUUUUCUUUCGGAAACCAUAUGCCAACUCAUAUAUUUUAAAUUCUAGAGAUGAGGACGAAAAUCAGCAUGAGUUUGCAAACACGGUGGCACGAACUAUUCAAAAGCGACACCAUGAAGCUUCUGCAGUCAGUCCAGUAUCAUUGGUGGCAGCCGUCGUGCUAUUCGGUCGUACAUCCAACGGAAUCACGAUGGGUGCUAUCUAUGAACAUGUCACAUGGUUCCGCGAUGAGCUCAAGUCCAAAAGCAUUCCUCUUGACUGGCAGGAUGAUGAAGAUGUGGAUGCUAUGGUCGCCUAUUCAUUGAAUCUGCUUGACGCACGACAAAAUAUCACUAUUGAGGGAAAACGCGUUACUGAAUACUCUAACGUUCGUGUAGUUGAACAUGCUGACAAUGUGAUGGCAUUGUCUUACAUGGCCAAUGCGCUGGUUGAAAUGCUCCUACCAGACGCGUUGUUUGCCAUCAGUUACUUUUCCACGGGCACUGACGAGGUUUCAAGGCAUGAGUUGUAUGGAAGCUUCAAAUUUUUGAUUCAGCUAUUCAAGGACGAGUUUAUUUAUCCAUGGGAUCAACAAGAGAAAUUCUCUCAACUCCUAAGUCGAUUCCUACAAAAGGGCCAUCUCGUUGAAACCGGCAGCGACACAUUUGUGAAAAGAGCAACACUCAAAAACGACCCCACCACAUAUACCCAUAUCUGUCUUUUGGCAUCCCUUCUUUAUCCUACUCUCGACGCAUAUUGGAUCACUUCUUGUUCUCUUUCAGCCCUGCGGGAUCUCCCUUACAUGCCUCGCAAGAUUGUUCCUGUUCUCGCGCAAUGGAUUGCAGCACACUUGAUCAGCGGCCGUCGCACCAUUUAUCGCGAAGUUCUAUCCACUGAAGCAAGUCAGAAUGCCGUUGACAACUUUUUGGCCAUUGGCUUCAUUGAAGCAGUGCACCCAAAGACAAAGUUAUCCCCUGAUGCGCAAAUUUUGCUCUUGGAACUCGGUGUAACAACCAACGAGGAUCUGGUCAUGGUGGCUCCUCGCCGAAAAAGUCAGGAAAAUGCAGAGUGUGACGACGGUGAUAUGCUGGGCCGAUUGGAAGAUAUUGCAUCAUUAUGCCACAACAUUGAAAAACAUCGGUUUGGCACGACAGCACAAUUAGAGGCAUAUCGGAGCAGUAAUGCGCAAGUGUUUGACAAGUGCCAAAACCAGAUCCGUACGAUCUUGCGUUCUGGCGGAAAGAGCUAUGCAACCAUCCAUGGUAUGGAUCUCAGCAAGGAUGAGGAUCAAAUGAUCCAGCUCGUCUACUCUUUAAAAACUGCAGCAUCAGGAGUUGAGCGUACCGGCGGUGUUCCAGCAUCACGUAAUCCCAGGCGUGUUUCGGAAGCAUACAAUCUACUAAAUAGCCCCAAAAACUAG